GGUAAUUUCUUAUUUUGUAUCAUCACAUAUUAGAUUAUUUUCAUAUAAUCUGAGGUAAUAUUAUUAAAGUAUCUAUAGUCUACACUCUUCAUAUUAUUAAAUUGUAAUACUCAAUUCAAUAGAAAUACUAUUGUAAUAUCUUAUAAUUUUAAACUGAUCUUUUUUAUCUUAUUGUACACUUUAAUAAGGUUGAAAUAUUUUUAAUUAGUAUAGUAUUUAGCCUAUACGUAUUAUUGUUAAAAAUAUUUGAUGUAGGUAGUAAAUAGUCUUCACAAUGGCAUCUGUUAAGGAAGUUUUCACAAGUAGUUUUCAACUUUUGGCUCAACAACCAGACAAUGGUAAGCAAAUAGGAUGUUUAAAUAAGGCAUUUGGCAAGACGUCCUAUUAAAGGAGAACACAACAAAAUAUCUGCCUUAUCUCUUUAAGUAUUUAUGUAUUCAACGUACAAUUGACCAAUUUGUAAUUUUGAUCCAGCAUCCGUCCUCGGUAGAUAAUGCUUGAUAUUCAUUAAUUUUUUUGGUUAGAAUAAUUAUUUGUUUAAUAUUUCUAUUUUUUGAUAUUAAUUAAAUCAUAUCAAAUUCACACAUCAUAAUUUAUAUUAAAUCGUUGUAAUUAUUAAUUCUUGCAAUUUCAAUUUCUUGAUUUAACAACAAAUUUAAUAGGUAGACAAUUUUAAUUUAUUUAAGUAAGCAUAUUAAGUUAAUUUGGUAAACAUAAUAGUCAAUUAGUAAGUGUUAAUUACAUAAUUCAAAUUGAAUAUCUAUUGAACUAAACAUAUUUAUACAUUUUCAGUUGUAAAGGAUUUUUUGAAGCUCACUAAACAUUUUAUGGACAAAGGUCCUGAUACAAAUCUUUAUAAUAAAGCUGCAGGUAUUAUUUUUGUUUAUUAAUAAUAUAGUUGUUUAAUUAAAUUUUAACAAAAAAAAAUAUAUUAAGUUAAAUUUUUAAAAUGUAUUUAUGUAAUCGCUUACACUUAGGUUCUUAGACUUGUUUUAAAAAUAAAAUAAAGUUACCAUAUCAUAACUUUAGGACUUAGGUUUAUUAAAACAAUUAGUAUUAAGAAAAUAAAUAAAAAAUAAAAUAAAUUUUAUUUAAGAAAAAUUGGAGAUUGACGAGGAAAAUAUUGCAUCAAUUGUAAAAAGCAUAUGUCUUAUGUGUGUACAAAGCUGUAAGCGUAAAGUAAGUUUUAUUUUUUUUUUUUUUAAUUUAACAUAUAUCUAGUUGUUAACAUCUAUUUUAUUUUAUGAUAUAGCUAACUGAUGUGGAAAUAAAAGAAUCACUAACAGAAUAUGGUUUCAAUGAAUUUAAAUUGGAAAUGAUAAUUUUAUUUUUUGAAAGUCAAAAAACAUAUGUACAAGAUAUUCUUUCAUCCAGUGCAUUUGUUUAUCCAUACUUCAAGGAACUGGAAUGGCGAUUUGAAACUGAUGUAAGUUGUAGAUUAGUCAUUUUAUACAAUUACUUUGUCUAAAUCAAAAAGUAAAACAACUUCAUGUAUUACGUCAUACAUAAUAAUAUUACUCUUUACAAUGUCCAGUACCAAACAAUUGUGAAAAGAUAAAUUGUGUAGAAAUAUUAUUCAAACAUAAGAAAAAAAAACAAUUGACUGUAUACUGGAAAAUAUUAAAAUAAUAUGAACUUAUAAUUUAAAUUUCACAAUACGAUUACAAAUUAAUAAACAAAAAAAAGACAUAAUUGGAAAUAAACUAGAUAGUUAAUAUAUUAUGUAGAUAGUCAUUAAUGUAAAUAUAAGUUUGUUUUUUUUUUAAACAUUAGGUGAUGUUCUAUAUUAUGUUUAAAUAUUAUUAAUACAUUUUGAAUACCAAAGUCUAAUAUUUAACAUUCAUCAGGUAGGACAUAUAGAUAAGUAAAUAUGUAAACACAACUAAUCAACAUAAUAUAUAAUAUGUGUACAGAUGGGAUCCAGAUCUUUAUUACAUCAAACCAUACCAGUUAUAACGUUGAGAUUAGAUUUAGAAAAAAAUAAUUUUACCGAAUCAUUAUUUCUACAAACAAAUCCAUUGAACUUGGUUCAUGUCAAGAAUACACUAGAAGCCGCUUUGAAACAAAACCAAUCCCAAUGGAUAAGGAAAAUACGUAGAAAAUUAAAAUAAAGGUAUAAAUUAUAAACAACAUAUAGAGUACAUAAGUUAUCAUAUAGAUAACUUUGUUUUGACAUAUUCCAUUCAGUUAAAAUAUUUUAGACUUUGUCUUCGGAUAUGGUUGUUAGAGCAGAUGCAACCGAUUUUGAGUCACUCUUGUCAUCUUCCAAUUGUCCACACACAAGACACGGGAACUUCUUAUUCAACGCCAAUCUAUAUUUUGGAUGACUGUGAAAAAUAAAUAAAUUAACAUAAUUUUUAAAUAUUAUUUUAACUUCUUUUAAUCUACUUACCUAAUUGCAUAUACUAUUGGAUUGUAUACAGCAUUAGCUUUGGCAAAAACUGAACCCCAGAUUGUGAAUAAUGGGUCCAAUGUAAGUAAUUGAAAUAUUCCAGCCCAAUUAAUCACUAAAUAUGGAGUCCAAGCCAUGAACCACAGGGAAAUUGUCAUUAAAGCCACUUUAGCCAGCUUAAAUUCUGCACUAGUAUUACUCUGAUCACCUGAUCUCAAAGAUGUCACGUUCAUUUUUUUUGCUUGUUCUCUCAUAGAUUUCUCAUGUGAUGCUACUGCCUAUUUCA